AUGGAAGAUGGUACAGAAGAGAUAGAAUUAAGGCCGUCCAGUGUGCUACGAACUUCUACACUCAGAAACAAUGCUGCUCGCCAAGUUGUUAAUUUUAUGCCCUCUCGACAAGCUGGUUGCAAUACGGUACGACUUCGCCGCUCAAACAGCUCUCACAGGGCUCUUCUUGAGAUGUGUGAGGAAACAGAUGUACCAGAUGCCACCGACAAGCAGGCUGAUUAUAUUGUACGGGGUAUGGAACAACACCAGCAGUUGAUGGAGGAUAAUCCACUCUCGGAAGAACUUAGGAGGGAAGCUCUAAGGGAUCUGCCUCAAGGUUUGACAAUGAAGAGGAAUGUGCGAGCAAAAUUGUCAGCAUCAGUCAGUUUGAGAUCUAAACAUAGACCAAUAUCCAUGUUCAAGAGAAUGAGAUAUCGGCUCAGCUUUACUUGGAAAAGGAUGAGAGAGCACUUCAGAGACUUCAUUUUCUCCAUUGAGUUAUGGUAUGAAGCUAUCCGUACUAUAGAAGGUCACCUGGGUUCGUCUGUGGGAGCAUAUUUCCACCUUCUCCGUUGGUUAUUCUGUCUCAACCUAUUGCUUUCCAUCUUCGUCAUCAGCUUCAUAGUGGUCCCUCAAGCUCUAUAUGAUAAUGCCUCCAAUCGAACCACCGAAUUGAGUGCUCUAGACUUUCUUACUGGACAGGGAGGUUUAUCCGACAGCCUGUUGUUCUACGGUCAUUACCACAACGGUUCUAUAUCCACCAUAGCCCCUCUCAGUUACUACAUGCCGUACGCGUACUUCUUCACUAUGAUCACCCUGUAUAUAACGUUUUUCGUCAUCCUGUGCUACAAGAGCGCGUACUCCUAUCGUCGCCACUUCAUCACUCCUCACGGCAGCGGGUCCGUAGGUCAGUUAUUGUCGUCCAAAUUGUUCUGUGGCUGGGACUUCGGCGUGGCCUCGCCCGCAGCCGCCGCGCUGUCAUCCGCCGCGCUAUAUCAUGACUUCAAGGCAAGAAAUAUAUAUUUACAGCAAUAG